ACAAUCUUCUUCAGGCCCAAGUUUUGUUACAACGGCUGCAAUGCGUGACAAUUUACAUAUGGCAUGGUCUGAUGGUUUGCGUUCAUUAUUUCAAUUGUUACGAACCCGACAAUGUCCAUUUUUCUAUGUUUGUACCAAUACUUUUACAGUAUUAUUUAGGGCUGCUGGAAUAUGUGGCCAUGCAGAAAUGGUUGCGUUAAUAACUCCUACAACGUAUGGAUUUAGACAGUUGCUAAGGCAAGAGGAAAUUGAAUUUUCAAUGCCUUUAAAAGUAAAGUCUGGCACGAAAGAUAAAGGUGACGGUUCUGAUGAUGAAGGAUCUGAAGAGAAGUGGCUUGCAAGUAUGGGCAUAAAUGCAGAGGAUAGAAAACAAAUAAGUUAUACUGAAAAACAACGUCAUCGUAAAACAGAAUGUGAGGUAGAUAAUAGUGAAGGAAGUUUAGUUCUAAUACAAGGGAUGGAAGUUCAUGGUCUAUAUAAUUUUCUUAUUAAUUGCAAAAGUGCUACAAGUAUCACCGGUUCUUUAGCAGGUAUCCCUCCGACUCUUCUGUCACCAAUUGCCUUUCAAGGUGCAACCUUAUCAACUUUGAAAGUAAAAGAAACCAAAAUAUUAAUCGAUAAUGUGUCUUAUUUUUCUUUAGAGUUAAAUGGACCUAUUCUACCACAUAUUAUACAUAAUUUGUCUGAAUUAAACCCACAAGACCAAAGCUUUACUGCUACUUUCGGACAUAUUACCUCUUCAAUGGCGUUUAGUAAAUUAGGGGAAACUGAAAAAAUAGAAACUGAUAGCAAUACUUCUGGAUUUUCAGUUUUCAGCAAAGAGAACCUAUCUGAUUGUGGUCUCACAUCUACCAUUCUAAAACACUUUUGUUCAUCAGAAAAGGGGUUGAUACAAAAUGUAGACAGUCUCAAGUAUAAUCCAGAAAUUAAAUCAUACACAUGGUUGUAAAAGGUAUCGUAUUUUGUUUAAUAAAGACAUUAUUUAUAUUG